UAACCCGUGAAAAUAAAAUUUAGAACCCAAAAAUUUCCUAACAUGCGAAAACAUAUUUUAGAACCCUCCAAAAUUUUCUCUCACUAAAACAAAACAUCGAUAACUGAGACACCCAAAUCUCACUAGAACCUACCAUUCUCUCACUAGAACCUUCCAAAUCUCACUAGUCGAACAAAUCUCUCGCCCAAAUCUGUGAUAUUUAUGUGAAAUAGAGCAUGGGUGGAGCAUAUUUUGCAAUUUAUCUCAUAUUUCUGUAGUUUUGCUAAUUUGUGAAGUAAAAAAACUCUAGUGUUUUUUUCCAUCCGUGAAAUUUUAGCUGAAGAGACAAUAUUAAGGUUCAUGGUGUCUUUGUCGAGUCCAAACUUCUUGGAGCUUCCCAAUUCAGGGGGUGUCAAGUCCUUGGACCUUCGUAUUGGUCUUGGGGAAACCCCACUUGAUGGUGAUAUGCCAUGAAUCAAGAAAGGCGUACAACAACAAAAAAAAAAACUUACAAGCGCAAGAUAUGUUUCAGCUGGAUCACUUACAGCGUUAAAGAAUUCACUAAAAGGAACCAAAAAACUGUUCAGACUACAUGUUCAAAAUACGGAAAGCAACAAUGUUCGUGAAAGAACAAGUGCAACAAUUGUCAUUGUAUUCUACCCCUCGUGUUGUACAAGAACUACUAGAAAAAGUGAAUCAAGUGCCACUAAAUUCUUCCUCUGCUGCAGCACAAGAAGUAGAAAAACAAGUGCAGCAAUUGCUUCUUGGUUCUACCUCUACUGUAGCACAAAAAGCACAAAAAAACGUGUAAAAAAUAGCACUACAUUCUAGCUCUUUUACAAAACAAGCAAAUCCACAAAAUGGACAGCAGGAGUCACUGUGUUUUGCCUGUUCUGCAAAAGCAACAGUUACAAAAAAAUGGCAGCAAGUGUUACUGCAUUCUACUUCUUCAGAAAUAAAAGCAAUUCUAAAAGAUGGGCAGUAAAGGACAUUGCAUUCUACCUCUUCUGCAGCAAAAGCAGUACUUGAAGAUAGGUCCAACUGAAAAGGAAAAAAGAGGUAGAACACAAAUGCAAACAAUAUAUGGGAGGACAGAACGCAGAUUGAUUGUGUUAAAUGAGCACAACCAACCAAUUGUUCCUACUUUAGGAGUUGUACAAGAGUUGAGUAGCUUUCUUGGCACACUGGCAAGGAAUUCGACCUUUUGCCCUCUCACUGUUAAGACUUGGAAGAAAGUGAACACAAAAAAGGACAUGUGGAAUUAUAUCAAGGAGAAAUAUGACAUUCCUAAUGCCGGACAGAAAUGGGCCUUAGGAACAAUUCAAGAUGCUUGGAGAAUGUUUAACUAUUCCAAUGACAAAGUUUGA